UUUUUUACCUCCUUCUCCUUUCCCCAGCGCGCCCAGCCCGGCCAUUCUUGCCUUCUUCUUCAACGCAGACAUCACGCCCGCUCCCCAUCUGCUUUCCAUCUCCCGCUGAACAAGCUUCUGCAUCUAGGGCACCAAGCUACCCUUUUCCUCCCUCAAGUCAAUCUCCCGCCAAAGGCAGCCUCACGCUACCUGAGUCGUCCACCUACACAUCGGUCCGUUCCCGUCAUCGAUUUCGAAAAGAACAGAACAUCCGCCCCCGUGUCCUCAGCCUAAAUAUGUCUACUGCCACAGACAAUCUCGCCGACGCCCUGGCGCAAACCUCUCUCAACGGCACCAACGGCGCUGAUGCUGCCGCUGCCAGUGCCGAUGAGGGUCGUCGGCUUUACAUUGGGAACCUCGCCUACGCGACCACUGAGGGAGAGCUCAAGGAGUUCUUCAACGGCUACACCAUUGAGAGCGUUGCCAUUCCUGUAAACCCACGCACCAAUCGUCCUGUCGGCUAUGCCUUUGUUGAUCUUGCUACCGCCCACGAGGCCCAGGAGGCUAUCCAACAGCUCUCUGGCAAGGAAAUCCUUGAACGGAAGGUAUCUGUUCAAGUUGCUCGUAAGCCCGAGCCUGCCGACGUCAAGGAAGGUGCUGUCAGUGGUGGUGAAGGAGGUAGCGGAGGUGAAGGCCGCAAGCGAGGUUCUACCCGUGGUCGCGGACGUGGUCGCGGUGGACGUGGUGGCCGUCCUGCCCGCGGUGGCCGCGCUCGCAACGAAGCUGGUCAACCUGAUGAGGCCGAGGCUGCCGCUCCGACCAAUGUUCCUGCCCAGGUCGACCCUUUGAUUGAAGGUGCCGCUGAGACCGAAGAAUCCAAGGACAAGUCCCGGGCUGCUCGCCCUCAGAAGCAGCGUGGACCUCCUGAGGAUGGUAUUCCCUCCAAGACCAAGGUCAUGGUUGCUAACCUUCCUUACGACCUGAGUGAAGAAAAGCUCAAAGAACUUUUCGAAGCGUACGAACCCGUCUCGGCUAAAAUCGCCCUGCGCCCCAUUCCUCGCUUCAUGAUCAAGAAGCUUCAGGCCCGCAACGAACCUCGUAAGGGUCGUGGGUUCGGAUUCGUCACUUUGGGCUCUGAGGCUCUUCAGGAGAAGGCUGUUCAGGAAAUGAACGGCAAGGAAAUCGAGGGUCGUGAAAUCGCCGUCAAGGUUGCCAUUGACAGCCCCGGCAAGGAAGACGUUAUUCCUGGUGAAGGUGCUGACCAGCUUGCAGAACCCGCAGCUGGCGAAGGUGAGGAAAACAGUGCUCCCGCCGCCGCCUAGAUGUACGUCGAUCAUUACGAGCAGGGGAUGUUUACGAGACUUGCCAUGCAGAUGUUAUACAAUUUUAUGGUAGUUGCUCACCGCGAAACAGAAAAAUGUGCUGUAGUUGACAUGUCUUACAAUUGAUGAACUAGGCCAGGACUACUGUGUCUGCGUGUUUGAUACAUUGCGGCUCGGUUGCCAGGCACGCAAUCUGGGCCGUAUAGGCCAAGAAAUCAUUCCAUUAAUUACUAUUAUUUACAUUUACCUGUAUCAUAAUGACACCUUGAUUCUGUUGCCAACUCCAGUUUCUGUGCCAAAUACUGUGGAUACCAAGAAUAUCACAACACUGAGGGUCAGCUCCAAGCCAGUAACGGGCGUAUAGCAUGCAUGCAUUUGCAAAUAAUU